UUGUUAUUUGACAUAAUUCACUCGGGUUUUAUCGAAUAAUCCACGCUAUGCUUUAGGUUAUGGUUUUAUCAUCUACUUUUUAGUUUCACUGAUUAUAAUUAAAAGUAUGGCGUACGAUAAAGUAGAGAGGUUUCCAAAAUUGAUCACUCCGACUCCUGCUGAAGUUGCUCCAGGAACUUACGACCUAACGAAUAUAUCUUGUCCUCAAAGACACCUUGCCGAAUUUUCCCCUUUUCUUUGUGGAACGAGGAGGCAAACGCUUUCUGUAUCCAAAAAUGAAGAACUAGUACCCGGUCCAGGCUCAUAUUGCAUAAAGGAACCACAGAAACACAUACCAGGAGGUGUCAGCAUUGAUUUCACUGAUCCCAGGUUUAAAGAAAAUAAAUACGUAGGACCAGGUCCAACUGAAUACGAUGUGAAAGAAAACUCGUUUGAUUGUUAUAAAAUAAGGUCUCAUCCUGGAACUUGGAGAGGACCAGCAGGAAAAUUAUGGCUAGGCCGUCCUCCACGCUCGAUUCUUCCUGCUAGUACGUCAGUUCCUCACAAAAAUCACACAGGUUACCACGUUGACGAGUAUGGUGUUUUCGUAAAGAAUCCUCCACUUAAACACGAGCCAACUUUCCUAUACAACGUUCCCCGAAAAGAAAGAAAUAUGACAACGUUGUUGUACAAAGGCAACUUUUGGAGUAGAAUGUCGGGUAGAUCAGCUCCACCACCUAGUUUAACACCAGGUCCCGGAUAUUACGAGUACGAAACAAAGAAAACAGCUACCGAGUUGCAAAAUGAAAAAAUAAGGGAAGCUAAAAGAAUGUCAUCCAGACAAUUACGUUCCCUCGACAUCAUAUAUAGAAGAACAAUUCGCGAAAAUCUUCCGGCUCCUAACUGUUACCAUGUGAAGGGCUCCUUCGACAGGUUCCUCAAGAGUUCAUGCAAAUGCGACCCUUACGCCUUGGAACCACCCCCUUUUGGACGCACCGCGAAGAGAUUUGACGAUAAGAAUCAAUCUGACAUACCUGGUCCUGGAACGUAUGAUCCUCAAGAUCGAAUAAAAUGUAUAGGUUCACUUUAUUUUCCUCCAUUUGGUGCUUACGCUAAUCGUUUUAAGAAAGAGUCAGAAAACAACGAACCAGCACCAUGUGAUUACCAUUCGAACGUGGGCAAUUUGGCCUACGAGUCUCAAAAACGAUUCAAGUACAGCUAUUCAAGACCGACACAUUUCUUCUUCAAUCAAAUGUCUUCAUUCCAAAACAACGAAGAUUAUUGCAUUCCAAAUUUUGUAGAGAAAAAUGAAGUGGAAAAGUAUGCAGUGUACCAUGCUGCCUUCAAAUCCAGAACCAAGAGAUUUCCCAAAGCUCAAAAGGGCGACAUCCCCGAUCCGGGUGCUUACGAAGUCUUAACGGCUUUCAAGGCAAAUCGUGAUCGAUGCGACAUCCUCUGUAGACCAGUGCCCUUCGGUUCUCGAAUCAGUCGAUUUCCACCGACACCGCGCAAGGACAAGGACCACAUGCCUGAUCCAACGUAUUACGACGUGGCUGGAGAUAUCUCGAUGGGUGUGAAGGGUGGUGCGAUAUCUCUUGCCAGAAGUGCCGAUGAGAAAUUUCGAAAAUCUGUUCCUGGUCCUUCACAUUAUUGUAUUCACCCUUAUCUCUCCUCGUCCAUUCUGAAGAAGACAUUCAACGCGAAACUAGGAAAACCGAAAGUUAUCGCAGAAAUGAUGAAGCAGGAGGAGCCAGAUACGAAAGUACAUUGCCCUUGCAAAAGAAAGAAACUUCGCUGGUUCACGAUGGGUCCAAAAGAAUACCACCACUGUGACACAGUAUGUAUGAAUAAGGAAACAUUAACCGAUAAAAUCUUCUGAAACUGUAUUCGUAUGGCAACUAUCCGUCGUACUUCAAACUCAUUUAUAAAAUGAUUUAUUCUUAUCAAUGAAUUUUUAAAAUUUUGUUUACAUAUUUAUCACUUUUCAAUACAGU